AUGAACUGUAAGAUGGAACAUGAAGAUGAUGUUAGAGUGAACGCGGAAGGGUUUGAAUCUGACCCAAAGAGGCAAAAACGGAAUGGGCAUUCAUCUCCUUCCUCUUCACCACCUCCACCUGCCUCUGAAGGCUCCCUUCUUCCUGGUUUUAAUUACGGCGAUGAGGAUGACGAGGACAACCAGAGAAGGCCACCUGUUGAUGGCUACAGAGGGGAUGGUGGUGAUAAUCAAAGGGAUAUAAAAAGUGGGGUUGAAGUUGAAGAAGAAGAAGAAGAAGAUGAUGAUGAUGAUGAUGAUCUUGAACAAGGACUUUACAGGCGGAGCCGUGAAAUUGAGGUUAGGAGGGAUUGUCCAUAUCUUGACGCUGUUAAUCGCCAGGUUUUGGAUUUUGAUUUUGAGAAGUUUUGUUCUCUGUCUCUGUCAAAUUUGAAUGUGUAUGCAUGUUUAGUUUGUGGGAAGUAUUACCAAGGAAGAGGGAAGAAGUCCCAUGCAUAUACGCAUAGCCUUGAAGCUGGACACCAUGUUUAUAUCAAUCUUCGAACAGAGAAAGUAUAUUGCCUUCCGGAUGGAUAUGAAAUCAGUGACCCGUCAUUGGAUGACAUUAGACAUGUCCUGAACCCAAGGUUUACUGAGGAACAAGUUGAGCAGAUUGACAAAAACAAGCAAUGGUCUAGGGCACUUGAUGGUUCUGAUUACCUUCCUGGAAUGGUGGGGCUCAAUAACAUUAAGGAGACUGAUUUUGUCAAUGUCACAAUUCAAUCUUUAAUGAGAGUCACUCCACUAAGAAACUUCUUCCUCAUUCCUAAGAAUUAUCAACAUUGCAAGUCUCCGCUUGUUCAUCGAUUUGGGGAGCUCACGAGAAAGAUAUGGCAUGCACGGAACUUCAAAGGACAGGUGAGCCCACAUGAGUUCCUGCAGGCAGUUAUGAAAGCCAGUAAGAAACGGUUUCGAAUAGGAGCGCAAUCUGACCCAGUUGAAUUCAUGUCAUGGCUGCUUAAUACACUGCAUGCAGACCUUAGAACUUCGAAGAAAGAUAGCAGCAUCAUCUAUGAGUGCUUUCAGGGGGAACUGGAGGUUGUGAAGGAGAUUCCUAAGAAAGGUAUUGAGAAGAAAGAAAAUGGUGAUGACCAGAAUACAGAUGUUGUGACUGAAAAUAAUGGCAUUGUCAAGGAAAGGUACAAAAUGCCUUUCUUAAUGCUUGGAUUGGAUUUGCCCCCACCACCUCUUUUCAAAGAUGUUAUGGAAAAAAAUAUCAUACCCCAGGUUCCACUGUUCAAUAUUUUGAAGAAAUUUGAUGGGGACACUGUGACUGAAGUGGUCCGACCUCGCAUAGCAAGGAUGAGGUAUCGAGUCACCCGAUUACCGCAGUAUCUUAUUCUCCACAUGCAGCGAUUUACCAAGAACAACUUCUUUGUGGAAAAGAAUCCGACUUUAGUCAACUUUCCUGUGAAGAACCUUGAAUUGAAAGACUACAUCCCCUUGUCAACCCCCAAAGAGAAUGAGAGAUUGCGUUCAAAGUAUGAUUUGAUCGCCAACAUUGUUCAUGAUGGCAAACCUGGUGAAGGUUCAUACAGGGUAUUUGUACAGAGAAAGUCCGAAGAAUUAUGGUAUGAGAUGCAGGAUCUUCAUGUUUCAGAAACUCUUCCCCAGAUGGUUGCCCUUUCUGAGACUUAUAUGCAGAUAUAUGAGCAGCAGCAGUAA